AACGCCAUCCGGAUUAUCAAUCCCUUCAUGGAGGACUGAUUAACUUACUAGAGCGCACGCGCAUCCAAGACGGAUUCGACUUGUUCGGUUAUUCAUGCGGCGGGAUGCUUGAUCUAGAGUUCCUCACGCCUCACUGUUUGGUGUCGACCAACUCCUUCGCGGAUAUGGGGAUGUGGAAUAUGUCAGCUGGGGAGCUCAGCAAGGCCUUCCCGGACGAAUUACAGAAGGGACUUGCUGUUGGCGUGCCGGAUAUGGAAGCGUACGGAAAGGCGCUCGGAGUGUUCCACAAGAACCACGGAUGUCUCGUCGAUCCGUGGCCGGAAGAGCUGGUGUAUUUGAUGAACCAAUCAACGAGGCCAUCUGCGGACAUCUCCGUUGCAGUGAGAUACUGCCCAGGGCAUUGUCGUGGAGCCAAUAUAUCUUAGAUGGUGCAACCUCUCCGCCGUUUCGAACCAGUUUCGCUCUUAUUGGUUGUGAUAUGGCUGGUAUCCAGCUAUUAAGAAAUCAGGAACCGUUCGUUCACGAUUGACCUCGUGUUCUGACUGCCAACUUGCCAGAUGCUUCGAAGUACGAAUUCGGAGGUUGUGGCGUACAUGCGUAGUAUAUGCGUCUUGCCGAUUCAGCUAGUCAUGACGAGUCAUAGGCUGUAUGUUCAACCAACACAACUUAUGUGGCAUCUCU